GGGAGGCGGGCCGGGUUGUUGCCGGGGCGCGGCGGCGGGAUGUUACUACGGGCGGCACGCGGAGCGCGGGGCCUGGCGGGGAGGGGCCGGGAGGAACAGCAGCGCAGAGCCCCCCAUCCCAGCGCCAUCUGCAGCCGUCGGAGGCGUUCGGACACCCCGAGAAGCGACUGCCAGACGGGAACCCCUCGGGGUGAGGGGGAAACCACGCGGGGGGCUGAGUCCCCCUAUCCACACCCCCCUGAGCUCCCGCCGCCCACCAACUGCUGCAUGAGCGGCUGCCACAACUGCGUCUGGAUCGAGUACGUGGAGCAGCUGCUGCAGCACUAUGGGGAUGGGGGGGAGCGGGCACUGGCGGCCGUGGAGCAGCACGUGCAGGAUGAGAGCAUCAAAGCCGUCCUGAAGCUGGAGAUCAGGCUGCGCAUGGGGACGGACUGAGCCCUGUCCACACCCCAAAAACUGGUGAGGAAGUUCCUGCUGAGCUCCAGGAAGUCUAUCUGGGAGAAAAGGAUUGGGACUCGGUGUAUCUGUGGGGUUUGGGAUGUUGGUUUGUGAGAUGGGGAUUUAGUUACAGUGUUUGUUUGCAUCAGACUGGAGGGAUUCACUGAGCACAUGCACCCCACGUGUAGCCCCAGCACUGACGAUGCAGGAGUGCUGUCAUCGCUCGUUGCUUCUAUCCCCAAGGCUGAAAAUCCCUGCUAAGGGCAGGUCCUUCCCGCUGCUCCUUCCUUGUCCUUGCAGCAUGACAGCAGCCUGGUGACGGAGAUGGGCUGUGGUGUCACACUGUCCUCCCCACACUAUGCUAAGCCUCUUAGGGGCUUCUCUGUGACCGUUGUCCGGAGGGGCCGGGGCUUUUCCCAGCCCCUUUCUGAUGCUGUAGGAUUUGCUGGGUUCAGGGGGGAGCGUGCAGCCGGAGCACGUGGGCACUGCAGUGUCCCAUCAAGGGCAGCUCCUCGCAGUGCUGCUUCUUCCUCGCUCAUCUCUGCCUUAAGACUCCUUAAACUUCACCUUGAGACGUCACCUUACCAAAUCCUGCCCGGCUGAGCACAGCCUUGGCCUGAUGACACGCAGUGUUUCUGCAGAACCUCACCCCGUCCUGCUGGGACAAGCUCAGCCAGUGCACUGGGUACCACCGAGAGUGGCUUCUGAGUGGCAUUUGCUAACAAAGCUCAGUCUGGAAGCAUUAAUUAACAACAGGCCCUUGCUGUAGAGGAGGCCGGUUCUGCUGCCUUCGAAUGAAACUCCUCUGGAUCCAUGUAAUCCUAUUUAGUGAAAUCUUAACUAAUUGCCAUUAGUGGAAGGGGCUGAAGUUCAAUUAAAGUGUGCUGAGAUUAUA